AUGCGAGACUACGAAGUGACGGACGAGGACAAGCGCCAAGUGGAGCACCUGCUGGCCGUGCUGCACGACGACAUGGCUGACGAAUCGUUCGUGUACCACACCCCAUGCAGCGAGUUGUCGUUUGAGUACAAUACGCCUGGUCCUCAGAAGAAGAAGAAGCGGCCUGGUAGCUGCAAUAGCAGCAAGGUCAACAACACGAGUUUCUUCCCCGACUACACCUCCCAGGAACUACAGCCUUGCGAGGCCGAUAACGACAAAGUCGCAUCGAGUUUAUGCCAGCGCCUCGCGGAUCUAUCCCCGAUCACGAUGCACGGCAUUGCGUCAGUUGCCCAAAAGUUAGACUUCGAUCGAACGUUGAGUUUCGACGACGCUGACGAUGGCGGCAUGAACCACCUGAUGGCCGGCGGCGACGCGAUGGACGGUGUCGAACAUGAUGCCUCCGUGACAGAACUCCAUGCAGCCGUUCGUCCGAGCUACGACAAGGACGACGUCAACAUGGAGGAGGCAGAGCAGAUCGAAGAAUUCGAAGAGUUGGAUGUCCAGCAGCCCCCAGACGAAAUCGCGUCGGGCAUGGAAUGGACCAUGUUGCUCGAUCAUUUCGACAUUCGUGAUGUGGCUUCGGACAAGGAAUCGCCUGUGGCACUUGAUGACGUGCCAACCCAGCGACGGCACUCUGGAAACGACUUUGACUUUGCAACAGAUCGAAAACUCAAACCACCCCCACGGCGGCGACGACGCCUUCGAGUGCCCGACACCCCCCCCCCGUCCAACGCCAGCGACGUGAGCUUUGGCGGGGCUUCUGACACAUCUCCAGCCAAACAAGCAAGCCAUACUCGACGCCAGCCAGUCCCCCCCUCGUCGCUCAUGUGCAGUGACAUUUCAAGCAUUGACGACUCGUACACAUGUUCACGUUUAGAAGAUGACACCCCGCCUUGUUCGACGGUCGAGUCCACCGCGGGUCUCCAUCUCGCCCGCGUGAGCAGCGGCACAGGGUCCGACGUCAAGCCGCUGACCCUGCACGGACACCAACAGCAUGCCGUGGAAUGGAUGCAGUCGCGCGAACAGUCCGCAGCCAAGCCAUUUCGAGGCGGUAUUCUAGCCGACGAAAUGGGGUUGGGGAAGACGGUGUGCUGCCUGUCAUUGGUUGCGUCGACCAACACUCGGCAGAAGAAGCAGCAGCGGAAGCGACCAACGCUCAUCAUCACGCCGCUGAGCUUGGUCCAUCAGUGGGAACAAGAAAUCAAGGACAAAUCCACGCUCAGCGUGGGGCUUUACCACGGCGCGAGCCGCAAACGGUUCCACAAUAGCCACGAACUGUACGCGUUCGACGUUAUCUUGACCACGUACGACACGCUGCGCAUCAAAGAAGCCGCGUACACUCGCCCGACCUUGGCCGCUGCAUCGUCACGACGGUGGAUUCAAACCAAGCGAAGCCGAGAUGGAAAGCCGUUGGCGUCGAAAUUGCACAAAGUAUACUGGGAGCGAGUGAUCUUGGACGAAGCACAUUUGAUUUCGAAUUCUGUCACUGCCCGAGCCCAAGCCGCGUGCCAGUUGUCGGCCCGCGCACGGUGGUGUGUCACGGGCACUCCCAUUCAAAACCGCCUCGACGACGUCCACACCCUGUUUCGGUUCCUCGGGCUCCCCGCGGUCGAAAGCGACGUCCAUCUGGAGCAACUUCUAGAGCAAUGCAUGCUAAGACGACUCAAGACGGCGUUGCCUGUGCCGCUGCCAACCAAGACCGAGCACCUGCUCAAACUCACAUUUGCGACCGACGCCGAAAUCGCAUGGUACGCCGCUGUCCGCCAAUCCACUCGAGACCAAGUGCACGAGCACCUCCAGGCUCGGCGACCAGGUCGCCACAUCUUCGAGCUGCUGCUGCGGCUUCGUCAGGUGUGCGACUCGCCGCGCCUCGUGCCCCAGGACCAUACAUCGCUGUCGACGGUGCACAUGUCGACAAAGAUGCACGUGCUAUUUGAUCACCUCCAACGCGCCAAGAAAGAAGGCGCCGCCGUGCUCGUGAUAUCUCAGUGGACGUCGUUCCUCGACAUGAUUCAAGACCAGCUGGACGUGACCAACCCCGCAAUUCGCUGCGGGCGCCUCGACGGGCGCAUGUCGGCGGCGAGUCGGCACGACGCGGUGCAGCUAUUCCAACAUACCAACCAAGUUGACGUGCUGCUCAUGAGCUUGCGAUGUGGUGCGCUGGGGCUGAACCUGACCAAGGCGCGGUAUGUGUUUUUGAUGGAGCCGUGCUGGAACCCGAGCAUUGAGGCGCAGGCCGUGGAUCGAACGCACCGCAUCGGACAAGCGCAUCCCGUGCACGUGUAUCGGUUCCUCAUGGAGAACACGAUUGAAGAAAAGAUGUACGAGUUGCAGCAACACAAGCGACGAUUGGCGUCAACGGUGCUCAACGCCAAACAAACCGCCGCCGCACGGCGCACGUCCCACGACUGGGCGGCUCUGAUUGCAUGAUCAGCAUACACAUGCAAGAAGAAUGAAUGGUCAGUGUAGGCGACAGAUGGUAUGUACCCCCAUGCGAGAUUUGGGCAGACCCAAGUCGAUGGCGAUGGCGGCAUUCGUACGGUAGAAGUACAAACAUGUAGAGGAGACUCUUGGCUGUCAUAUAUCUGGCGCAUGGGCUACACUUUGUAAAAAGUACCAACAGAUCGAUCGUACAAUAAAAUAUACUAGUACACCCGU